UCAGGCUGUGGACUGAGGCUCUGACAGUCCCUGGGGCUGGCCUGGGCGUGCUGACCAGGCCCUGCAGGACAACCCGAGGACGCAGGCCAGCCGAAGAAAGAGGACCUUUAUGCCUUUUUGAGAGAAGCACAUUCUGCAGAGCUGUGGAAACAAAGAGAGGAACUGUGUGUAGCCCUAGGCCAGACGUCCCAAACAAACUACUCUCUGCGGCCCAUUAAAGGAUGGCCCGGUGACCUUCACGAUGACCUUCACCCUCCACCUGAAGUCCUGCCCUCUUGCUGCCAUAAGGAGUUUGAUUCUACAAAAGAAACCAAACAUCAGAAACAUGUCCAGCACGACUGGGGGGCCCCGACCAGCCAGCGUGGUGGUCCUGCACAGGGCCCUCGCCCCGGCCUUUGAGACGUUCUGCCAGGCCAACCGUGGCCCUCUGCCCCUGCUGGGCCGCAGCGAGCCGGGCAAGUGGGUGUUGCCUGCCCUGGGCGCCGUCUCAGGCACCAGGAUGGACCGUCCCCAGUUCCGCAAGUACGAGUUCGGUGCCUGCACCGGCAGCCUGACCUCGCUGGAGGAGUACUCGGAGCAGCUGAAGGACAUGGUGACCUUCUUCCUGGGCUGCAGCGCCUCCCUGGAAGGGGCCUGGGAGAAAGCGGGGCUCCCCAGAAGAGACCCGCCGGGCCACGGCCACAUGGGUGCAUAUAAGACCACAGUGCCUUGCGCCACCGUUGCUGGCUUUUGCUGCCCUCUGGUGGUCACCAUGAGGCCCGUCCCCAAGGACAAGCUGGAGAGGCUGGUGCAGGCCAGUUGCUCCCUGAUGGGUGAGCAAGGACACCCCGUGCACAUCGGCGACCCAGAGCUGCUGGGAAUCCAAGAUCUUUCCAGACCUGACUACGGGGAUCCUGUGCCGUGUCAGCCGGGGGAGGUCCCGGUGUUCUGGCCUUCCCAGCUGACCAGUCUCGAAGCGGUCAGCGGCUACCAGACCCCGCUGGCUUUCACCAGCGCACCGGGCUCCACGGUUAUGACUGACCUGAAGGAUCUGGAGGCUCCAGCCGGUUGUCUCACCCCAGAGGGAAUUCCAGAGGUCCAUCCUAUUUCCCAAGAUCCUUUGCACUACAGCAUCACAUCCGCUUUGGCCGUGCAGAAGAUCAGAGAACUAGAGACUGUAAUUGCCGUAGACCCAGGCAACAGGGGCAUCGGGCACCUGCUCCGCAAAGAUGAGCUGCUGAGGGCCUCUCUGUCGCUGUCCCAUGCCCACGCGGUGCUCAUCACCACCGGGUUCCCCACGCAUUUCAACCACGAGCCUCCGGAAGAGACGGACGGGCCACCGGGCGCCAUUGCUCUGGCCGCCUUCCUGCAGGCCUUGGACAAGGGCGUCUCCAUGAUCGUGGACCGGAGAGCCUUGAGUUUGUUCAAGAAGCUUGUUGAAGAGGCUGUUGAGCAAGGUGUUCUGAAGACCCCGAUCCCGAUCCUAACUUACCAGGGCGGAUCCACAGGAGCUGCUCAGGCGUUUCUCUGCGACGAGAGGGACCCCAAGUCUCCUAGAUUCGACCACCUGGUGGCGAUAGAGCGCGCAGGCAGGGCUGCGGACGGCAACUACUACAACGCCAGGAAAAUGAACAUCAAGCAUUUGGUGGACCCCAUUGACGACCUUUUCCUUGUAGCCCAGAAAAUUCCUGGAAUCUCGUCAACGGGGGUUGGUGACGGAGGCAAUGAACUUGGGAUGGGCAAGGUGAAGGAGGCCGUUAAGAGCCACAUACGAAAUGGGGAUGUCAUCGCCUGUGAUGUGGAGGCUGACUUCGCUGUCAUCGCUGGCGUUUCUAACUGGGGAGGCUACGCCUUGGCCUGUGCUCUGUACAUCCUGAACUCCUGCGAGGUCCAUGGACGUUACCUGAGGAAGGCAGCCCGGCCCUCCCAUGCCCCUGGGGAGCAGCACUGGACCGAGGCGCUGCCCUCCGUCGCUAAGGAAGAAAAAAUGUUGAGCAUCCUGGUGCAGCACCGAGUCCGGAGCGGCGUCUCGGGCAACGUGGGCAUGGAGGUGGACGGGCUGCCCUUCCACGGCACCCACGCCCAGAUGAUCCAGAAGCUGCUGGACGUCACCAUGGGGCGCCAGUGACCACACCCAGCACACCGGUGGCGAGGUCCUUCUGUUGAGUUGAAGCAAAUGGACUUGAAGUCCCACCAUUUCCCCAGAGCACUGGGCACCAUUGUGACCCCCAGGAGAUGGCCGCCAAAGACCGCUGUCUGGCCAGAUGAGGUCCUGGAGACUGCGGGACCACCAGCUACAGCUGUUGGUCCGAAGCAGUUUUUUCUGACCCAAGAUGGCCCGAUUCUGGCUCUCCCUGGGUUGUACCGGUCAGAGGACAGCAGCAGAUGGGGGUGUAUUCUGUGCUGGAAACGUCUCCCACCCUUGUCUGGCCACCCUGCAGACCACUGUGUGUAAACAGGAAGAUGAGCCUCCCCUUGCUCAGCAUCUGGUGAAACAGGAAGUGGAUGGCUUCUGCCACCUCCAGUCCAUACCAGCUGGACCUUUCCCUCCGCCCAUUCUCUCAGGAGAGAAAGGAAUCCAUGUUCUCUGUCUGUUUGGAAGGAGGAUUGACUCUUCCAAAACACUUCAGGACUCCGGGAAUCUGACCCCGAGAGGGAUUAAGUGACUAAAACUGAAUGUACAUGUUAAUGGGAUGAGUUAAUCCUCGGUAAUAAACACGGAGCCGGCCCCCACGGAGACGAUGCUCUGGCCUGGCCAACAGAUGUGGCUUCCCCACCACACCCGGAGCGGAGGAGGACAGCCGGCGAGAUGACUCCAACAGGCCUUUCUGCUUUGUAACCUUCCCCAGUGCGGGGCGGCCGAUCUGAUCAGCCCUCCUCUCCGUGGGGAGCAGCUCUCAGCAGGGGUCAGGUGUCCAAAGACAGAGGAGUGAUAUUCUCCAAACCGCAGGGCUGGGCUCUGUCCGCAAAGGGUAAGUCCCAGAGUGGAUUUGCAACAAGUGCUGAAGGGCCGAAGACAUGGAUCUCAAGAGCAGGGAGAGAAGACCUACUUCACUUGAGGGCUCCAUCCUCCCUGGACACUGCGGGGUGAUCAAGGGCAACUCCCCCAAUUGCCUUGUUCAUGUUCCCUGUGAGCAAGUCAAUCCCUCGACCUUCCCAACUCCACUGGGUGUUUCAAGGCCCCUCUAGA